AUGGUGUAUCACCUUGGAGAUAUCAAGGUGGAAGAUACAACAAAAGCAAAACUCUUAGGGGGGGGGAAGGAAUUAGCAAUCAUUGCAAUAUAUUUUGUAUUCAUAUUUUGUGACAAAAAGGACUAUAGCUGCCUAUAUCUAUCUAUCUAUCUAUCUCCAUAUAGCUGCCUAUAUCUAUCUAUCUAUCUAUCUCCAUAUAGCUGCCUAUAUCUAUCUAUCUAUCUAUAUCUAUCUAUCUAUCUAUCUCCAUAUAGCUGCCUAUAUCUAUCUAUCUAUCUCCAUAUAGCUGCCUAUAUCUAUCUAUCUAUCCAUAUCUAUAUCUAUCUCCAUAUAGCUGCCUAUAUCUAUCUAUCUAUCUAUCUCCAUAUAGCUGCCUAUAUCUAUCUAUCUAUCUAUCUCCAUAUAGCUGCCUAUAUAUCUGUCUAUCUAUCUCCAUAUAGCUGCCUAUCUAUCUAUCUCCAUCCAUAUAGCUGCCUAUAUCUAUCUAUCAUCUAUCUCCAUCUAUCUAUCUAUCUAUCUCCAUAUAGCUGCCUAUAUCUAUCUAUCUAUCUAUCUCCAUAUAGCUGCCUAUAUCUAUCUAUCUAUCUAUCUCCAUAUAGCUGCCUAUAUCUAUCUAUCUAUCUAUCUCCAUAUAGCUGCCUAUAUCUAUCUAUCUAUCUAUCUCCAUAUAGCUGCCUAUAUCUAUCUAUCUAUCUAUCUCCAUAUAGCUGCCUAUAUCUAUCUAUCUAUCUAUCUCCAUAUAGCUGCCUAUAUCUAUCUAUCUAUCUCCAUAUAGCUGCCUAUAUCUAUCUAUCUAUCUAUCUCCAUAUAGCUGCCUAUAUCCAUCUAUAG